GACAGUUUAGGAGACUGCAGAGGUAACCCAAGACUCUGAGAGACUUCUAAGUGUCAACGAACAAAACUAGUGACUGUGUUAAAUAUUUAACACCAGGGCUUUUACCUCAACAUAAUUGGAGACAAUGUUAAAAUUAGUCCUUCUAGUGGUGGUGGUGCAGGCGGUGCUCUCGAGGGCCAGGACUGCCCCUAAGGUCAACCUUGAUGAUGUCCACUUCCUUCUCUGGACCAGGAGUAAUCCCGGCAACACGAGUUACUACGAGCUGUUCCUGGACAACAAGGAGAACCUAGAUGCCUCUCCCUUUAACCCCAGUGACCCCACAUUCGUCAUGAUACACGGGUUUGCUGCUCACGGUGACAGAGAUUGGCCAGUGGAUGCUAAGACUGAGUUACUCGCCCUGGGGUCGUACAACAUCCUCUCUGUGAACUGGGCACGUCUGGCGAAUGCUCCCUGGUAUCCUGCCGCUGUCAAUCAUGUUCCUCAGGUGGGCAUCUACACGGCCCAGCUCCUAGACUGGCUGAAGUUCGAGGGCGGGAUGGACGGUUCCAAGGUACAGAUCACCGGCCACUCCCUAGGUGCUCACGUCGCUGGUGCUGUGGGCCAGAACUUGGUUGCCUUCACCCUACCCAUGAUCACAGGUCUGGACCCAGCUGGACCUGAGUUCUAUGAAAAAACAGCGUCCGAGCGUCUUGACCCCAGCGAUGCUAAGUUUGUGCAGAUUAUCCACACGAAUGGAGGCACUAUACUGCAGAGUUGUGUUGGUUUGAAGGACUCUGUCGGCCAUGUCGAUUUCUACCCCAACGGCGGUAAACACCAGCCUGGCUGUGUUGACUAUGGUGCCUGGACAGACCUGCUCGAAGGCGGGUGUAGUCACCGCCGAUCACACGACUUAUGGGUUGAGAGCAUCAGUGGCUCAUUGUCCUUCACAUCCUAUCCUUGUGAAGACUGGGAGUCCUUCCAGGCCGGGAACUGUGACUCCUGCGGCCAAGGAUGUCUCGAGAUGGGCUUCCACGUUGAUCACAGUCUACGAGGAACCUACUACCUCACUACGAACAGUGACUCACCGUACGCCCGGGGUUAGUGUACCAGACGCCUCACCCAAGUUACUCUCCCGUCACACAGCCAGUCACUAGUGUAUCUUGAGUGACUGUUACUCUGUACAGUCACUUAUGGUCUCUCAUGUGACUUCCUUCCUACAGUCACUUAUGGUCUCUCAUGUGACUGUUAAUCCCUACAGUCCUUUAUGGGUUCUGAAGUGACUGUAACACCCUCUUUGACUGUCACAUUCCUGGUAACUGUGCUACCUAUGUAUAAAAAACCCUGACAUACUGACAGUUAAUGAAACUGUUUGGUUAAUAUAGCUUGAUGUUAUAAAGUAAUGUGUUAGAUGUUGACAAUUUGUUGUGGUGUAACAGAAUUAUGGUCCACAAUCUGGUAUAAUUUAAUAAAACAUUCACAAUAA